AAACUCAUCAGCAUUUGCACGAGUUCAUACUUACCCCCACAAGCAAGGAUCAUAAAAUAAUAGUAAUAUACUUUUGCUUGUAAAUUUCCACUUCUGAAUCUGAUCGAUUAUCAAUCCCAAAAAAACCGUCUUUCCAACAAAACAGUGCAAUCCUUGUUGAGUACACAUUUGCUCUUCUCUCCCUUGUUUUACCAGAUAAGGCCAAGAAUAUUCUCUGCCAAAUCACAAAUAUGAACUGGCCAUAUUAUCUUCUCCUAUUUUUAAUUCUCUUGUUCUUUACGUGCAAAAGUGGGACAUCCAAUUUAAGUAAAGUAUGUACCUUUAAAUGUUCCAUUGUUUGUUUGACAAGAAAAAAAUACAAAAGAAAAUUACCUAGCUAGAUCGAUCUGAAUUUGAAACCCACUGUUCCAUGAAUUUGGAAUGACUUGGGUAUUUUCUUAAUUAGAGGAACAGAAGUAAUGGCUAACAUAGGUACAUCACAUCAUAUUAUCAUUGUCACAUGUGCAUUAAAGGAACAAGCCACAUGGGGGUGUGGCUCAGUUCCAACCACAGCUGCCGCCGCCACCAGUACCACCAGCGAAACAUUGGUUGUUUUCUUUGGCAUAGCUAGACCGCCACCAUGAGCCUCUGCGAAACCUCGUUAAGUCCUACCUGCUAUACUUGCGCUGUUCACGCGCAGAAGACUAGGACUUCAUUCCAAAUUAAUUAAAAAGAAAAUUGACUUUGCAGUACUAUUCAAUAUGGUUAAGAAAUCUAUUUUUAAACC